AUGGCGGACGAGGCCGGCGCUUCGCUGGAGGCGGCCCUCCGCCGGGAGCUGAGCUGCUCCGUGUGCCUGGAGCUGUUCCGCGAGCCCGUGGCCCUGGCCUGUGGCCACAGCUUCUGCCAGGCCUGCAUCACACAUGUCUGGCGGAGUCGGGAACGCCAGCGGAGGUUGGCCCCGGCUCUGAUUCGGACGGCGGCGGGAAGUAGAGAACCCGAGGUCUCCCCGAUCACGUCGCCGGAAGCCGGUCACAGCUACUCGUGCCCCGAGUGCAGGCAGGUUUUCCCGAACAAACAUUUCACGAAGAACUUCCUGGCUGCGAACCUGGUGGAGAAGCUACAAGGGAAGAGGGCGAGCUCUGGCUCGCAGGGGGACCCUGGUUCCAGGAAGUGUGAGAAACAUCAGAAAGGUCUGACCGUGUUCUGCACAACUGACCAGCGAGCCCUCUGCAGCUGUUGCAGGCUGUCCAAAGCUCACAGGAGCUGUGACCUCUCUCUCAUGCAAGAGCUAACAGGAGAGUUUUUGGCGAGGAAGAGGGCGCUGAAGGCGAGGAUCCAGGAGGAGUUUGCGCGCCUGAUCGAGUUCCUGAUCGAGGAGCGGGAGACCCUCCUGCUGCAGCUGGACCAGGUGGAGCAGGCGGCCAUCAAGGAGGCGGAGGCCAGUCAGCUGGACCUCGGCGCCACCGUCCUCGAGCUCGAGGACUCCAUCGCCGACAUCAAGAGCAAGCUGAACCGCCCCGUGCCGCUGGAGGAGCUGCUGGACACCAUUUCCCGGCCCAUUCCUGAGCUCGGGAAGCACAUCGCCAUGAAGCCACCUCCGCGCUGGGAUUUGUUCACUGGGCCUCUGCAGCUCGUGGCCUGGAAACGGAUGCUGGAUGUCAUUAACCCAGGUCCGGAGAAUCUCUAUUUCAACCCCAAGUCGGCUCACCGCAGCCUGCGCUUCAACAGAGACUACACGCUGGUCAAGUCCUCACUGUCGGAGACCCCCGACCUGGAGGCGGCGCCAGAUGAUCCUGAGCGGUUUGACUGCUUCCCGGCCGUGCUGGCCAGUACCCACUUCUCCUCAGGCCGCCGCUACUGGGAGGUGGAUGUUGGCGACGCGGUGUCCUGGCACCUGGGUGUCACGUGUGUGCGCAGCCCGCGCCAGGGCUGUGUCAAGCUGGCCCCCGGCCACGGCUACUGGAGCAUCUGCCGGCUGCUGGACUACUGGGAGAACGGCGAGCGGCGGCGCCCCCUGGCGGUCGACACCGAGCUCUCCAAGGUGGGCAUCUACCUGGAUUUUGAGGCUGGCCAACUCUCCUUCUAUGAUGCCAACUGCAUGGCGCUCCUAUGCACUUUCAACGUUACCUUCCGGAGCCCCGUGGUCCCGUUCUUCAGCCCCAGCAGAGGCACGGACAGCACCCUCCAGCUUUGCCACUACUAACAGAAGUUUUAUAUCCCUUGGCUUUCCCAUCCAUCCCCCCCCCUGCCACCAAAGAAGAAACCUCUCAUCCAUCAUCCUCCCCCCACCCUCUGGAAGUCAUUAAGUAAAAACAGUAAGGUAUUCUACA